AUGUUCUGCAACCCGCCAUUCGACCCUGGAGAUCGCUCACCGCCAUUCGCCCUCAACCAGCAACCCGCCUCCAUCCAGAAGCCGCCCACCGCCCAGCCUGCCCUUCGAUCUCCAAAGGUUCAAGAAGCAUUCAAGUCUAAUGGCCAAUCUACCGAGCUGGUGCUUUCCACUAUCAAUUAUCUCAACAAGCCGAGCUGCUGCACUGCAGCCUUGGAUUCUCGGACUUCAUCAACAAGCUUCAUCUGGACGACCGCCAUCCGCCCACAUCGUGAACCAGCAACCCGCCAUUCGACCCUCGAGAUCGCUCACCACCAUUCACCCCCAUCGCCAACCAGCAACCCGCCUCCAUCUCGAAACCGCCCCCCGCCCAGCCUGCCCUUCGAUCUCGAGAGGUUCAAAACUCCUCGGACUUCAUCAACAAGCAACCCGUCAUUCGACCCUGGAGAUCGCUCACCGCCAUUCGCCCCCAUAGCCAACCAGCAACCCGCCACCAUCCCGAAACCGCCCCCCGCCCAGCCUGCCUUUAGAUCUCUUGAGGUUCAAAACGCGUUCAAGUCCAAUGGCCAAUCUACCGAGCUGUUGCUCUCCAUUUUCAAGCCUCUGAACAAGCCGAGCUGCUGCACUGCAGCCUUUGAUCAAAUCUGCAACUGGAGGGAAGCAGUGAAGCAACCAAGGACGCAGCUUAUUGGACCAGCCAACGAAGAUUCAAAUGGCGAAGAAGCAGCCUGCGAAGUAGCGGCCUGCGAAAGCGGCCAACAAAUCCGCCAAUGGAACUCCCUAAGGAAGGAGCCAACGAAGGAGCCAACAAAGCAGCCAACGAAGCCAAUGGAGAAGGAGCUGACGGAGCAGCCUACUAGCAAGGAGCCUAUGAAGCACAUGAACCAGCUCGCAAAGCCGCCACCUACUACCAAGCAGCCUACGAAGCAGUUAGAAGCAGCCCACAAAGCCGCCAUUGAAGCUUCAAGCUUUCAAGGACUAACCUACGAAGCAUUCAAAGAAGCUAAUGGAGAAGUAGCUGACGGGGCAGCCUAUUACCAAGCAGCCUCCGAAGCAGAUAGAAGCAGCCCACAAAGCCGCCCUCGAAGCUCCAAGUUUCAAGGAAUAACCAACGAAGCAGCCAACAAAGCCAAUGGAGAAGUAGCUGACGGAGCAGCCUACUGCCAAGCAGCCUACGAAGCACUGACGGAGCAGCUUACUACCAAGCAGCCUACGAAGCAGUUAGAAGCAGCCCACAAAGCCGCCAUUGAAGCUUCUAGCUUUCAAGGACUAAUCAACGAAGCAUUCAAAGAAGCUAAUGGAGAACUUUCAAGGUCCAACCAACGAAGCAGCCAAGAAGCCAAUGGAGGAGCAGCUGACGGAGCAGCCUGCCACCAAGCAGCCUACGAAGCAGAUAGAAGCAGCCCACAAAGCCGCCAUUUAAGCUGUCAUGGACCAAUCAAUGAAGCAGCCAACGAAGCGAAUGGAGAAGCAGACGCAGCAGCCUACAAAGUCACCCACGAAGCACAUGACGCAGCAGCAUACAAUGCUGGAUGUAUGUGCGACAGGCUGCAAGGAGCGGCGGAAGCACUUGCUGGGCUGCAAGAAGCGGCGGGAGCAGUUAUGUGCUGCAAGUAG